UGCGCUGUCAUGACGUUUGCUUCUUUUUUCGGCUCUACGCGAUCAGCUGAUCAUGAUGGCCGCCAAAAGCAGGUUUUCAACCCAACCGAAACCGAAACCGAGCGUUAUUAAUCAUAAGUCGAAAACGGAAAGAGAGGGUCCCGAAAACGACCAGGUGGACACACAUGGAGAUGGGGGCGUCAGCCCGUUGGCCAUUGCAUUUUGGCACGUUGCGGAUUUUGAAAUGCAAACACGGCAUUUAAUUCUAUUAAGGCCGCUAUUUAAUUAUCUCUUGCGGGUACGGACCGAAAACGCAGCUUUCAAUGUCAGUGAAGCCGGAAGAGAGUGGUUCCUCUGGCUGGCUCGAAGACCCCUCCCCCAAAAGUGCCCCUUAAGUGCUGGCCAUAAUCCACAGCCGGGAGCAGCGGGCUUAUCGGAGCUUAUCUGCGAGUGCCAAAAGUGAUUCCACACGGAGAAAAUUGC